CCUUGAACAACAUGAACUUUUGACAGCUACAAAAUGUGCCUCAAAAUAUUUACCGCUUUGAAUUUGUGCAUAGUGAAUUCAUGCAUGUGAAAAUUUCUAAAAAAAAUUAAAUAUAUCCAACAUGGCAAUGGCAACGGGCACCGAUGUUCCACUGCCGCUAGCACAAUUACAAUCUCUCUUCAAAGAGGUCGUCGAAAAUGUAUUCAACCGCUGGACAGCACUACGUCUUGCCGUCGAGCAUGGCAUGGGCGGUCCGCUUGGUCUAAACACUGCGAUUGAAAUCAUUGACUAUAUCACCUGUUACUGCACGGAGAAGAAGAACGUGGAUUCCAUCGAUCUCAGGGAAGUGAUAGAAGAAAUCAUGGAUCAGGAAUUUGCGACCAUCUGCGAGGAUGAAUCUAUUUAUGAAAUAAGCGAAAUUUUGAUCAAUUUGCUGAAUAUGCUGAAAAAUAACAAGGUGGAAAAUGUAAAGGAAGAAUUAACCCGAAUGGGUCCCUGUGAAAUUUGGAUCCGAUCGGGAAACCGGAUAAAGUUCCAGUCAAUUGAGGACAGUAGUGGGACCGAGGAUGAAGAUAUGGAUGACCAGGAUAUGGAGGUGGGACCCGCAUCUAUUGGUAGAACGAUGGGUGGAAAUUCUAUGCCCAGCUCCCAAGGAUCUACGACCGAUUUUGUAGAAGAAGAAAUAGAUCCUGGUUGGACGCAAGUUCGGAACAGGAGACGAAGGUAAUAAGCAAUAUGCUCAAAGAGAGGCUGUAAAUAAAUAUUGUACGGACGGAAAAUCAAUUUAUUCA